CGCUCUCCCUCUCCCUCUCUCUCUUUCUCUCUCUCUCUCUCUCUCCCCCCUCGUCUCUUUUUCCUCUGUUAAUUCAGUUCUGGACAGCGCCGGGUACUGAUGCUGCUGCACAUGUAGUCGCAUGUAUCCUGGGGGCCUCCUCCCACUCAUCACAGCUCGAGAAUCCGCAUGUAGAGCCGUUCGGUCUCUGUCGCAGAAAAGUCUCCGCAGUACUGCAUCGGAAUAAGGGCUCAGUGCAAAAAAAAAAAAAAUCAACUGUAUUCGUGGUUGUGAGUGUGGCGCUUUUCUACAUCAGCGCAAAGGAAGUUCUGUUCAGUCGUGCGGUGGGUGAUUCUGUGAGAUGCGUCGUGUUUAGCGCACGGAACCCCGAUUAAUUCGCCUAGACGGGAGAAUAGAAAACCCAACAGUGUAUGAAGCACAUUUUAACUUUGCCUGAUAUUGAUUCGGAUUUGCUUGGAGAUCUUGAUCAUCAGGAUGUUUUGACGGGUGCUCUCCUUACCUUACCGGGUUACUGAAGAUUUCGCCUUCAACAGAAGCACAUCCGAGGCAAAAAAGCAUCGGCUGACAGUUUGAAAGGAGGACAAGCAGCCUUUCUGCACAGGAUUUAAAACUACCGUCGCUUCGACAUCUUUCUGAACCUAAAGAGGAUAGAUUUUGACAGAGGGAGAGAUGAAAGUUUUUCCAGCAGUAUUGUUUCUGAUCACAUUUUGGAGUCUGGAGUGGGAACCCGUGCUUCCCGAUUCAAUUAUUCACAUUGGGGCCAUUUUUGAUGAGUCUGCCAAAAAGGAUGAUGAGGUGUUCCGCAUGGCGGUGGCAGAUCUCAACCUCAACAACGAGAUCCUGGAGACAGAGAAGAUCACUGUGUCCGUGGAGUUUGUAGAUGGAAACAACCCUUUCCAGGCAGUGCAGGAAGCUUGUGAGUUGAUGAACAGAGGUAUCCUCGCUCUCGUCAGCUCUAUCGGCUGUAUGUCCGCGGGGUCGCUGCAGUCUUUAGCUGACGCAAUGCACAUCCCUCACCUCUUCAUCCAGAGGGCACCCGCGGGCACUCCUCGCUCUAGCUGUCCACCCACCAGUCGCGCCCAUCCAGACGACUACACUCUCUUUGUACGACCUCCCGUCUACCUAAAUGACGUCAUCUUCCAAGUGGUGAUGGAGUACACCUGGCAGAAGUUCAUUAUCUUCUAUGAUACCGACUAUGAUAUCCGGGGCAUAGAGAACUUCCUGGACCAGACGUCUCAGCAGGGGAUGGAUGUCUCUCUCCAGAAGGUGGAAUCCAAUAUUAACAUGAUGAUCACUGGAAUGUUCCGCACCAUGAGGGUAGAAGAGCUGCAUCGCUACAGGGACACACUGAGGCGUGCUGUGCUGUUCAUGAGCCCCGCCACUGCCAAGGCCUUCAUUACUGAGGUGGUGGAAACCAAUCUCGUGGCUUUCGACUGUCACUGGAUCAUCAUAAAUGAGGAGAUUUCAGACAUGGAUGUGCAGGAGCUGGUGAUGAAGUCUAUAGGUCGCCUGACCCUGGUAAGACAGACCUUUCCUCUCCCGCAAAACACCAGCCAGCGCUGCGUCAGAAGCAACCACCGCAUCAACACGUCCCUCUGCGACCCCAAAGACCCAAAGGCACAGAUGUUAGAGAUCACCAACCGCUACAUCUACGACACAGUGCUGCUGCUGGCCAACACCUUCCACAGGAAGCUGGAGGACAGGAAAUGGCACAGCAUGGCGAGUCUUUCGUGCAUCCGCAAGGGCUCCAAACCGUGGCAGGGUGGCAAGUCUAUGCUGGAUACCGUGAAGAAGGGAGGUGUAAGUGGUCUGACCAGCUUGCUAGAGUUUAAUGACAACGGCACCAACCCCAACAUCCACUUUGAGAUCCUGGGCACGAACUACGGAGAGGACCGCGGCCGUGGAGUCAGCCGGCUUGGCACUUGGGACCCCAUCCACGGAUUGAACGGAACACUGACAGAUCGAAAGCUGGAAAACAACAUGCGUGGGGUUGUCCUGCGGGUGGUCACUGUACUGGAAGAACCAUUUGUGAUGGUCUCAGAAAAUGUGCUUGGGAAACCUAAGAAGUACCAGGGGUUCUCAAUCGAUGUUCUGGAUGCUCUGGCCAACUACCUUGGUUUCAAAUAUGAGAUCUACGUGGCCCCUGAUCACAAAUAUGGCAGCCAGCAGGCUGAUGGGACCUGGAGUGGUCUUAUUGGAGAACUGGUUUUUAAGAGAGCAGAUGUAGGUAUGUCAGCCCUGACCAUCACCCCUGAGCGGGAGAGCGUGGUAGACUUCACCACACGCUACAUGGACUACUCCGUCGGUGUGUUGCUGAGGAAGGCGGAGAGGACAGUGGAUAUGUUUGCAUGCCUGGCCCCCUUCGACCUGUCUCUGUGGGCAUGUAUAGCCGGCACGGUGCUCCUGGUGGGCACUCUGGUGUAUCUUCUCAACUGGUUGAACCCUCCCAGACUGCCGAUGGGCUCGGUCUCCUCCACGACCCUCUACAACUCCAUGUGGUUUGUCUACGGCUCCUUCGUUCAGCAGGGUGGUGAGGUGCCCUACACGACUUUGGCUACAAGGAUGAUGAUGGGGGUUUGGUGGCUUUUUGCUCUGAUAGUCAUCUCCUCCUACACGGCAAAUCUGGCUGCCUUCCUCACCAUCUCCCGCAUCGAGAACUCCAUUCAGUCUUUGCAGGACUUGGCUAAGCAGACAGACUUGCCGUAUGGCACGGUUCUGGACUCCGCCGUCUACGACCAGGUGCGGAGUAAAGGCAUGAACCCUUUCGAGAGGGAUCCGAUGUACUCACAGAUGUGGAGGAUGAUCAACCGGACAGGAGGAGCUGAAAACAACGUGGAGGAAUCAAAAGAAGGCAUCCGGAAGGUGAAGUACGGACGUUUUGCAUUUGUGUGGGAUGCAGCUGUGCUGGAGUAUGUGGCCAUUAACGAUGAGGACUGUUCGCUCUACACCGUGAGCAACAAUGUGGCUGACAGGGGCUACGGCAUUGCGAUGCAGCAUGGCAGUCCCUACAGGGACAUCUUCUCUCAGAGGAUCUUAGAGCUUCAGCAGAAUGGGGACAUGGACAUCCUGAAGCUGAAGUGGUGGCCGCGGGACAGUCCGUGUGACCUGUACUCUCCUGUGGGCACUCGGAAGAGUGGCAGCGCCUUGGACAUCCAUAGCUUUGCUGGGGUCUUUUUUGUACUAGCAGCCGGUGUGGUGCUCUCCUGUCUUAUUGCUACGGUAGAGACCUGGUGGACACGAAGGAAAGGCUCCAGAGUGCCUUCGAAGGAGGACGAUAAGGAGAUCGACCUGGAACACCUUCAUCACCGGGUUAACAGCUUGUGCACGGACGAUGAGAGUCCCCACAAACAGUUCUCCACCUCCUCCAUCGACCUGACACCCCUGGACAUGGACUCCCUCCCAGCCGCCCGGCAGGCCCUGGAGCAGAUCAGCGACUUCCGCAACACUCACAUCACCACCACCACCUUCAUCCCCGAGCAGAUCCAGACUCUCAGCCGCAGCCUGUCGGCCAAAGCGGCAGCCGGCUUCGCCUUUGGGGCCGUGCAGGACCACCGAACUGGGGGGCCCUUCCGGCAGCGGGCCCCCAACGGCGGCUUCUUUCGCAGCCCCGUCAAGACAAUGUCCAGCAUCCCGUAUCAGCCCACCCCGGCCCCCAGCUUUAGCUACGGCAAUGACCCGGACAGGGGCACCUCCAUAUAGACUGAAGGAGUUCCCGGGCCUACGAGUUCGAAAACAAAAAAGAGAUAUAUGUAAAUACAAAUGUUCCUUUUUGGUUGUCGUUUUCUCUUGACUUUUGCUCUUCGCGAUGGAGCUUGCUUGUCCCGACCGAACUCGUCGACAGGACGAGGAUGGAAUAAAAUGAUCAUUAUUGUCAUUGUGGUUUGUCGGGAGAUUUUCUCUGUGAACUAAAUGAAUUUGCCUUUUGUUUGCCACAUUCGAUUUUGUGGGGAGAGGGAAAAAAAAGACUAUCAAAUGUUGCAAUGAUGGUAUGUUUACCUUUUUGUUUGUUUUUUCUUUGUUUCGGAACGAAAAAGACUCUGCCAAGUGUUUCCCAGAUCUGCAAUAACUCAGUUUAGAAGAAUCUUGUCAACUCAUCGACUGAAUUGUGCUUCAUCUCAGCGCUCUGUUAACGUUCAGUGCUCCCUCUAGCUGAAGCGUUCGACAAGGCGCUGCUAAACUGAGAGAAAAUAACCUGCUUUUCUCGGAAGCCUCACAGUGAGUGACUGUGUUUCUAAGGACCUCUCAUCCUCUCUGCCUUCUCCCUGAAGUUGAGAUCUACUUUGAGUCUUUAAACAGACACUCUGUGGAAAAGACUCGAUUGAACUUUAAAUAAAAAAAUAAUGAACAUUAUUAUACUGCAGGGGAGGGAUGAAACAAAUGCUACUAAAUGUCUCUUACUGACUUUAAGUAUAACAAAUCUUUAAUGCGUGGAAUGUGUCUGGUCAGAGAGUUUUAACAACAAAAUAAAUGUUCAGAGCUGUCUGUAGUUUUAGUUUUCUCUUUUUUUUAAUGAUUAGUUUUGAGAUUGCUUCAGUGCCAUCAUCUUUCAUUGAUUUGCAUCAUUAAACCAUCAAGAGUUUGUAUUCACUUCUGUAGCCGUACUCCAGGAUUGGACAAAAACAUUCUGUAGAAUAGCUUCAUUGUAUAUGCCACAAUCUCGCGACUGUGCGUCAUAGAUUUUGGAAAUCAAAGAGCGAGAGAGUUUUUAAAACGAAUUCUUAACACGAGCCUUAGGAGACGGGGCUUUUUUUACUUUUCAAGUGUCAGUCCUCAACCUAUUACUACGCCAUUUGAAGACGCUGAUACAGUGGUGACUUUUGAGGGGUUAUUUGAAAUAUCUUUCUAUUUCAUUUCGUAAAUAUUAAGGGGUAAUAUUUAUCUAACUUUUUUUUAAAAUGCUAAUUGUUUAAACAAGGCCAUUGAGGUGUGGUAAGAGUUUUAAAAAAAAUACACAUUUUGAGGACAAAAAACAAACCAAUCCUUUUCACUAACAUAAACUGUAUUAAUAUUUACUAAUGUUAGUUGUUUAGAAUGAGCUUUCAGUUCGUUAUCCUCUGACUAAUUCGCAAAUGUUGUGUGUAGGAAACAGCAACAGUGUUUUGACGCAAGCAUUCUAGAUGUACUUUUCUUAAGAUAUGAUUAAUGAAAGACUAUAGGAGCAAUUUUAUUUAGUAUCAGUUUAAAGAUUUUUAUUUAGAGUAAAUGACGAGACAUUAAAGUGUAUAUUUUACAUGCAGAUAAUUUUUUUGUUGGAUUUAAAGAAGAUAUAGAGUAUAAUAUCUGAGUCUGUAAAGCUCAGUUAGCCACUAUCACAUUACAAGGAGUUCUCCGCGGUUUCUCUGACGGUAAGACAUUCUCAUUCGACUUCAUUUUCAUUUUGAUUUCUGAAUCUGUCAAAAAUGAGGCAAGGGUUUUUUUUUCCGUAAAAGAAGCAUGCAAAACCUGCUAUGCCUGUAACAUUUUUAAUUUCAUACAUAGAAUUGUACAGGAUUACAUCAUUUUCAACUGAGUAUAAUGUACAGUAUUUAAUAUAGGCCUAUUUUGUUGUAUGUGUUGCAUAUUAUUCAAAUGGAACAAACUGAGGCCUCUGUUACAAGUGGCAAAGCUUUCUGUGUAUAAUUUGUCUAAUAAACAUGUUUUCUACAGUG